AUGGCCCAGCCUUCCGACUCGCCUGUCAAGAAACAUGUCGCCAUUCUCGGUGGCUCAUAUGGCGGCAUCUCAACGGCACACUACCUCCUCAGGCACGCCCUACCGAGACUGCCACGCCCCGAGGAGUACCAGGUGAUUCUCGCAUGUCCUCGAGCCUUGCUCUCCGACGACAUGUUCCCGCAACACAAGCUCUUUGUCGGCAUCUCCUCCAUGUUCGAGUCGUAUGCCCAAGGUACUUUUUUAUUCCUCCAUGGAACAGCAACGGCACUCGACCACGUCAACCGCACCGUGACCAUCGACAUGGCAGGCGAAAAAGGCGUCAAGAUACUCGACUACCACGCAGUAGUCAUUGCCACUGGCGCGUCGACGCCUUCACCUCUGCUAGGUCUCAACUCCGCCUCGGAAGAUCUGCGCCAGAGCUGGGCUGUCUUCCGAAAGGCCCUCCCAGCCGCAAAAAGCAUCGUCAUACCCGGCGGAGGCCCAGCGGGCGUCGAGACCGCCGGCGAACUCGGGGAAUACCUCAACGGUCAGUCGCGCCGGCUGCAAACCUCCCUGGGGGUCCCGAAAGCCACCAUCACACUCGUGACCUCCGCGUCUGAGAUCCUCCCCGCGCUUCGCCCGGCCAUCGCGCGCAAAGCAGAGAGCUACCUCGCCCAGGUUGGUGUCACCGUUCGCAAGGGCGUCUGGGUCUGCAGCGUGCGCCCUGCGGCGGCCGGGGCGGGCGAGGUCGCGGCAACGGCGGCCGUCAUCCUCGACAGCGGGGAAACGCUCGACGCGGACCUCUACAUCCUGGCACUGGUGAGCACCAACUCCUCGACCCUCCGCGUCGACCCAGCCGGGCCCCAGGUCUACGCCGUCGGCGACGCGUCCUCCUACGCCCGACCCGCCGUACACAACAUCCUGGCCGCCGUUCCGGUUCUGUGCACCAACCUCAGGCGGGACCUCCUCCUGGCGUCGGAGAACCCUGAGGAGGCAGAGGGCCAGGACAGGCUGUUUACGGAAGAUCCUCGCGAGAACCAUCUGGUCCCGGUUGGCAGGAGCAAGGGCGUCGGCGCCGCGAUGGGUUAUCAGCUGCCCAGCUUCCUGGUGUGCAUGAUCAAGGGCCGGGAUUACUGGCUUUGGACGACGGAGAACCUCUGGAGUGGCAAGCAAUGGGCCAAGGAGUUCUGA